GUAAUAACUUAAUAUAACGACGUCACAAACUUUUUACAUUUAACAAGUAGUGGGUUAUUUAAUAUGAAAUCACAACGCAUCGGAUACACUGUAGGGGAGUAUAAUGCUACUCUAAAAUUUUGUGUAGUAUUGAGUCUCUGUAAUGGACGGGUGCAACGUGUAUCCACCUGUUACCCAUAUUUGCCUAUAGCAGGAAGUAAAUGGAUUUAAAAAUAUGCAGAUAGAAGGAACAUAAUCAACAAUACACGUACCUGAUAUAGAGGUAUAUAUUAUUUCGUCGAGCUUUACAUACAGGAUUUUGCACAUUAAGUGGGCAGUAUCAACUGGAAUUCUUUGUGGUAAUGCUGAUCAGCAAACAAAGUUUUAAUCAUCAAUAUAUAGGGUUCAAACCCGAAUUGGUGUCAUUCAAUAAGGACACAAGUUACUGACAUUACGAAAACGAAACGACCGAUUUCAAAGACAUCAGAAGAAAUCAAAGAUGGCUGCCGUGAUGACAAGGCGCGAAAUGGGCGUUCGUGAUGUGGGAUGCUCCGUGAGCGUCCCGGAAGACGUCAAAGCAAAACUGAUGUUCUACUUGAAAUGUAUUUGUGACCUCAUCAGUCUCGAUGACCGAGACGAGGAUAUGAAGAGACUGACAGAUUUCGAGAGAUAUUACGUUCUAACGGAACCAGAAGUAGAUCAGCUGACCGUCGUCUGCAUUCUCAUUUCACCAGACCUUUUGGCGGAUAAAUGUAUAUUUCACAGUGAGGAUAUGUGUGGUGAUUCCAGGAACAAGUUUUUCGAAUUGUCCUCAAUUGAUCAACAGCUGAUCGUGUCAAACGACAUUCUUAUUGGCGGAAUGCAAACACGUGUCAAAAGAAUAAUGUGUUAUAAAAUGGAAUGGCUGAUGGAAUACUAUCUGAUACCAAUAUUGGUACUGAAGAGAAGGCUCGAACUGAAAAUGGCAUUGGCACAAGAAAUCGUGGCAAUGCAUGAAAGGGAGGAGGCAGAUGCUGGAUGCUGCUGCACUAUAUUGUAGCGAGUCAACACACUGUUGCUAAAACUCAAACAUCAUUCCCUCAUUAACUAGACGCAUGAUGAACAGUUUUGCCAAACUUGGUUUUUCUUGAAGUGUUAUCGUCUCCAAUUGGUUAGGAGAUGAUACACGAAUAUUUGCUAACAAUGGUACAAACACCAAUUGUGAUGUCAUAAUAUUUACAUCUCUCCCUUCUUCAGCUUAGUAAACUCUGGCUGUGCAUAAAUAAAUGCAUACGCAAUGAAAAAAGGCUAGACGGAUUGAUACCUGUUUCAAAUGUGGCGCCGUUCUCGCUUCAGCUAGAUAAGUGUUCGAUGACAGCUAUUGUUUGGUCUUCAAUAUCUAAACACAUGAAACAUAUUCGGGAUCCAUUAUGUCUGAUUAUACACAAUGAGAUGCUGGCCAACGUCUUAUGACAUGGAUGCAGAUUCAAAAAAAAUUGACGAUAAAGUAAACAAUGGAGGCUUCCUUUUACGACGUUCGACCGCGUCACUACCAAAGAAGUGUGUCAAUGCGUGUACAUAACGACCGUCAUAAAUGAAUACAAAUGUUCCAAGUGCUAAGAGUAGUACUUCAUUAAAAACUUAAAAGCGAUCAAAAGAAGUAAAAUAGUGUUGUGCACUGCGUAUUUUCUAAAUUUACCCAUAUAUCGAUGUAGAUUCACCGAAACUAUAUUAUCUUAGCAAAAACGGCUACCGUAGUUACCAUCGUAGUAACCCGCUUCAGCUGUUAUUUUCUUUGUUUACCAUUUGAACAUUAUUUAUGAUGUAAAUAUAAGGAUUGACCUUCAUUUUGACGGCGUAUACGGUAGUGUGAACGCAGUUGACAACGGAACAUAUUAUAUGGUGCGCUAGAAUAUGUUCCGUUGCCAACUGCGUUCAUACUAUCGUAUACGCAGGCAAAAUAAAGGUCAAACUUUAAAUAUAUCAACAGAGAGUGAUACAGUGAUUAUUAAAUCAUUAUUUAUCAACAGAGAUUGAUACAGUGAUUAUUAUAUCUGUAUUAAUCAACAGAGAGUGAUACAGCUAUAACUAUAUCAUUAUAUAUCAAAAGGGAGUGAUACAGUGCACGUGGUUACUGUAUCUUUAUAAAAUGAUAAAUCAACAGGGAGAGAUACAGUGAUUACUAUAACGUUAUAAAUCAAAAGAGUUUGAUACAGUGGUUACUAUAUCUUAAGGUAUCAACAGAGAUUGAUACAGUGGUUAUUUUAUAUUUAUUUAGGUAUCAACAGAGAUUGAUACAGUGGUUACUAUAUAUGUAUGUAUCAACAGAGAUUGCUACAAUGGUUACUAUAUCUUCAGGUAUCAACAGAGA